AAUGGCUAUUCACGCCAUUAUUACCAUAACAGAUGAGAAAUGUUAAGCAGCAAUACAUGAAUACAAAUAAAAUAAGAAGAUAUAUCGCGUGGUAAUAUUAUUGAUUCAAUAAUCAUGAAAGGAAGGUGCUAUGUGUGACUCAUCUAUUCUCUAUAUAAUUGUCAACUUAUGUUUUGGGGAGCAACUCAUUGUAUUUUACCUUCCCUAAAGCUAUUCAUUGAUGCAGAAUCCUUUUUAUAUGAACCAUUUGAUAGAACCAAAGGCUUAGCCUUUUGGUUUUGUUGUAUUAUGCUGGGGCAAUGAUAAUUAUUAUCAAUUAUUAUUAUAUUAAAUAAUCCAAAUGAAUUUUGGUGAUGAUGAAAUAUGGGUUAAUCACCCCAAAUUCGUUUGUCUUAUAGCAAAAUAAGACAAUGAGUAGAAUAAGUUAAUGAUUACAAAACAAGGGAUAAAUAGUAUUGAUAAAGAAAUAAGAGAAGAAUAUGUUGAUGAAAAAUCAAACAUUAAGGUCGACCCAUUAGCUAAAAAAGGAGUUAGUGAUUUACUAGUAAGAUUAACAUUAAAAUUAGCUCUUAAAUGAAUUAAAUGAAUUUAAUUGUCUUCAUGGAAUAAGAAUGAGAUAUUCUAACAAACUUAUUUAUACAUAAAUAGGGGCUCCAAUUUUAGUAGCCAUUAAUCCAUAUUAAUACAUUCCUGAAUUUUAUGAUGAAAAAAUGGUAACAUUCUUUAAAAAAGAAAUGGGAAGGAUGCAUUAGUAUUCAUAUUCUAAAAAUUAGAAUUUCUAAAGAUAUCCUUUAACAAAAAUUAAGAGAUAUAGACCCUCAUCUCUUUAAAGUUGCUUAAAUGUCCUUAGAUCAACUGUUUGAAGAGUCUACAAAAACUAAUCUUAGAAUAUGCUCAAUGAUUAUAUCUGGAGAAAGUGGAUCAGGUAAAACAGAAUCAACUAAAAUUAUUCUAAAAUAUUUAGCUGCUGAAUCAUUAGGUUACAAGUCCAAAACACCCUCUAUAGAAUAAUAAGUUUUUGCUUCUAAUCCACUUUUAGAGGCAUUUGGAAAUGCAAAAACAGCAAGAAAUGAUAAUUCUAGUAGAUUUGGAAAAUUUAUACAUUUAUAUUUUAAUCCUGUCACCAAAAGAAUUUCUAAUGCAAAAAUUGAUAACUAUUUAUUGGAAAAAAGCAGAGUUGUUAAAUUAAGUUCAGUUGAAAGAAAUUAUCACAUUUUCUAUUAAUUAAUUGCUGCUCAAAUCCCUGAACUAAGUAAGUAAUUAAAUAACCUUUAGAACUUGGAUAGGCUAAAUAGUACACAUUAUUUAAAAUAAGGAGAUCUGAAAUACAAUAAAAAGGAACUUGA